AUGGGGCAGCAGCGAACGCUGGUGUACAGCUUUGUGGCGCGCGGCGCCGCCGUGCUGGCCGACCACGCCGAGGUCUCUGGCAACUUCGCCUCCGUCGCUGCGGAGUGCUUGCAGAAGCUCCCCGCCUCCAACAACCGCUUCUCCUACAACUGCGACGGCCACACCUUCAACUACCACGUCCACGACGGAUUCACAUACUGCGUUGUUGCUACUGAGUCUGCUGGUCGGCAACUUCCAAUUGGCUUCAUUGAGAGGGUUAAGGAAGAUUUUGCCAAGAAAUAUAGUGGAGGGAAAGCCAGAAGUGCUACUGCAAACAGCCUCAAACGGGAAUAUGGGCCUAAACUUAAAGAACACAUGAGGUACUGUGACCAGCACCCGGAGGAGAUUGACAAGCUUGCAAAAGUGAAGGCUCAGGUUACAGAGGUCAAGGGAGUAAUGAUGCAAAACAUCGAAAAGGUACUAGAUCGUGGUGAGAAAAUUGAACUGCUCGUCGAUAAAACAGAGGAUCUCCGCUCGCAGGCACAAGACUUCAGGAAGCAGGGGACAAAGAUACGGCGGAAGAUGUGGUGGGAGAAUAUGAAGAUAAAGCUGAUCGUUUUCGGCAUUGUAGUUGCUCUGAUCCUCCUCAUCAUCUUGACAGUUUGCAGUGACUUCAAGUGCUGGUGA